GGGCCAUAUAUGGGGCCGGCUGUGUUUUGACUUGGGAGCAGAGGAAAAUAUUUAACGAGAAGUAACCACGGCAGAUAGGUAUCUACCUACAUAGGGCUAUAAGCAAACACACUGAACAGUCCAGAAUUCCAGCACUUUUCGAUUCUUUCCAACCCGAAUGAGCCCCCUGCUGCACAAGUGGACCUAUAUACCUACCAGGCUCCCGACGACAUAAAGCCGACAAAAACACCACACUGCGCCACGCGCCUUUGCCUCUGAACAAGCAAGCAAGCAAGCAAGCAAGCAAGCAAGCUGCCUGCCCGCCAUCCUCGAAUCGCAAAACCACACCGUCGCAAUCAUUCCCUUCCUUGCUUUCCCACAAUCAUCUUCACGUCGCCUCUCACAAACAAAGCAAAAUGUCUGCUCUUCAACGCGCGAUCGCCAGCAAGGCCCAACAAGAGGAGGAGGAUGACGACGCAUGGCGAGCGGCGCGAUGGGCGGCCGCGCGCAAGGCUAUGGCCGACGGCACAUUCAAACGUACCGAGGUCCGCAUCCCCGUCGUCCUGAGUCCGGACGGCCCCGUACCGUCGCCCGAAGCCCUGCAACGCCUCGUGGGGAUCGAGUCGCUGCCCGAGGUGCUGGAGACGACGCUCACCACCUGGGACAGCAGCAAGAACGGAGGACUCGGGGGUAGUACGGUGACAGCUGCUAGGAUUUGUCACGUGAACUAUAGUGAGAAGAAGAGAUUGGAGAACAGGGCGGAAGUGGAGUAUGAUGCGACGGGGAAGUAUGAGGUGAUAUUUCGGGGGAAGAAGAGAUGUCCGAUGGUGGUAAAGUCGUUGAAGAAGGGUGGGGGUGGAAAUGGGGCUGCCGGUAACAAGGGGACUGCCGAUGAUGGGGAUGGUCUAGGUAAUGGGAAAGUGACGAAGUAGAACGUGUCUUGAUCUGGAAAACAAUGAUAUUUGAUUUAGGCUAUAGAUUGUCAGCCAUUGCUGAAUGACACCCGUUUCUGAA